UCAUUCCUCUCUCUCUCUCCACUUUCUCACUCCUCUCUCACUUUCUCCCUCCUCUUUCUCUCUCCACUUUCUCACUCCGCUUCCCACUGCCCACCAUUUUUGAAGACGACCCAAGACCAGAGCGAAGGAGGAAUAAUAAAAAAAUGAAAUAAAGAAAUCCUGUGUAUUUCUUCCCUUCCACUGUUGCUGCUCUUCCCACAGAAUCUGAGUCAGCGGAGCCUCUCAGUUGGUUGUCAUUCCCCUGUCAUCUCUUUUUGAAGCAAAACUGUGUCUCUCUCUCUCUCUAGAUCUGCCUCCUUUUUCAUUAUGGAGAAGUGGAAAAACGGGAGAGAGAGGGAGACAGGCGAUGGAUACCAUUUGCGGUGAAUGAGGGUUGGUGGCUUGGGAGGAGGGCGUCAAUGGGGGCGAGGCCAUUCUGUCUCAUCGUGCCCCGUCGAGCUGAUGAAAUGCAGAGGUUUAGCUCUCUCUUGGAUGGAUUUCCGUGAAACCUGGAUCUCGCUGAUUGUGAUGCUUAGAUCAUAGCCAUGAUGCAGCUGGCUCUGAUAAUGUGCUUGUUGUUGCUUUCUUGGCCAUGCCUGCUUCAUGGUGGGUCUUCCUUACAAGGAACUUAUCAUCCUCUACGCCAUCACUUAGUUCAACAAAUGGGUCAUUCUUCGAUCGCAUUUCCACCACUAAAUCAAGGAUUUAGAUUUCCCCAUGGAAGUUCAGAGUCGACUUUAUCAUCACAAAGAAGCUCCGCUGGACAUAUACCAUGGAUACAACCUACCAAAGAGUUUAUUCCAUCAAUGAAAUUUCAGAACUACAAAGGAAAACAAAAUUUGGGACCCUCACCUGCACCUACAUUCCCUCCUGAGGGCUCUUUUGUUAGUCCCAGCAGUAACCCACCGGAACAGUACGAGAUUUUACCUGGCACUGUUUCAGCCCCAACAUUUACCCCUUCAUAUGAUUGUGAUCAGGUUACUUGUUCUGAUCCACUCACCUCAACUCCAAUUGGAUCACCAUGUGGCUGUGUGCUCCCCAUGCAAGUUGAACUAAGCCUUGGUGUGGCACCAUAUGCUGUGUUCCCUCUUGUUGAGGAGCUAGAGAUUGAGGUUGCAGCAGGUACAUACCUGAAGCAAAGUCAAGUGAGGAUUAUGGGUGCCAAUGCUCUCAGUCAAGAUCAGGAGAAAACAGUAGUGAAUAUCGACUUGGUGCCACUUGGAGAGAGGUUUGAUAACACUACUGCUUUACUAACUUACGAUAGGUUCUGGAGAAAGAAGGUGGUUAUUGAUAAGAUCCUCUUUGGUGAUUAUGAGGUUAUCUAUGUCCGUUAUCCAGGGCUCCCUCCAUCACCGCCAUCCUACUCUGCGAAUGGAUCUAUUGCGGCUGGUCCUGGUUCAAUUUUUGGAAGUCAUGAAGAACCUUUAGGAGUUGAUGCUGAAAAUAGGGGUGGAAAAAUGAGUAGUGGAACAAUCGCAGUUGUUGUCUUAUCAUCGGUCGUUGCCUUCUUGAUUUGUUUUGGGCUUCUUUGUAUUAUUCUUUUGAAAUGCAACAAGAUGGGAAGAUCUGCUCCUGCUGUCGGGCCUGUUCCAACAUCAUCUAUCACCAAAAGAUCUGGCUUGAAAUCCAUGUUAUCAAGUAGUUUAGCAAGCUCAAUAUCUAUGUCUCUUGCUUCCAGCAUGGCAACUUGCAUGCACUCAGUGAAGCCAUUUUCUAGUGAGCUUGAGAAGGCCACAGACAGAUUUAGUUCAAAGAACAUACUUGGUGAGGGAGGCUUUGGGCGUGUUUAUCGUGGAAUCGUGGAGGAUGGUACCGAAGUUGCUAUCAAGGUGCUCAUAAGAGAGGACCAUAGUGGUGGCUGUGAGUUUAGAUCAGAAGUUGAAAUGCUAAGCCGUUUACAUCACCGAAACCUUGUCAAAUUGAUUGGUAUAUGCACCGAGAAACAUAGUCGCUGCUUGGUAUAUGAACUUGUCCAUAAUGGAAGUGUUGAGUCUCAUUUGAAUGGUCCACAAGACAAAAGGUCGCAGCUUGACUGGGAUGCAAGGAUGAAGAUUGCUCUUGGUGCUGCUAGAGCUCUUGCAUACCUUCAUGAAGAUUCUAACCCUCGUGUCAUACACCGUGAUUUCAAGGCCAGCAAUGUUCUUCUUGAAGAUGACUUCACUCCUAAGGUCUCAGACUUUGGAUUGGCAAGGGAAGCUUCAGAAGGAAGCCGACACAUAUCUACUCGGGUGAUGGGUACUUUUGGGUACGUUGCCCCUGAGUACGCCAUGACAGGGCAUCUCCUCGUCAAGAGUGAUGUCUAUAGUUAUGGUGUGGUGCUUUUGGAGCUACUUUCUGGGAGAAAACCAGUCGAUAUGUCCCAACCUCAGGGACAGGAGAACCUUGUCACGUGGGCCCGCCCCUUGUUAACCACCAAAGAAGGACUUUCCCUGCUAAUUGAUCCAUGUCUUGCUGGAAAAUAUGAGUUUGAGGACAUGGCCAAAGUCGCGGCCAUUGCUUCAAUGUGUGUCCAGCCCGAGGCCUCUCAAAGACCAUUCAUGGGAGAAGUGGUCCAAGCCUUAAAACUUGUUUACAAUGAUUCCGAAGAUAGUUGUAGCAAUGAUGGCCAAAGCCAGAGGGAUGACUCAUCCCCUGGUCUAGAUUCCGAGCUCAAGGGCAAUCUCAAUAACAGCUGGUCAAAUGGGGGGACCCCAUUUUAUAGAUACAAUUGUAAUGCUCCAUCAUUUGUGACUAUGGAGUAUAGUUCAGGACCUUUGGAUGAAAUGGAUAGGCCAUUAUCUGCGUCAACUUUGGUGGGGGCCAGGAAGGGAGGGUCAAUUGGAGAGCCGCACAUUGGUUCGGGUCCACUGAGGACAACGCGUAGUAAGCCUGCUUUUUACAGGUUGAGGGAGAGUAUUAGUGAGCAUGGUUUCUUCUCGAGGCAUAUUGGGGGUGAUGCAUUCUGGGUUUGAGAUUGCGGUGUCGAUUCUUUUACCUUCAAAAGUGUACAGUAUUGAGAGGAAAGAGCUUCUGCCUGCAGCCUGCCUGAUUGUGCUUUUAGCUGUCUUGGGUGGUGAUGUAUUAUUGUUUUUGUGCAAUAUAGUGAGUGACGGAGUUGUGGCCGUUGGUUUACUGACCUUUUGUUCAGGGAGGGAGGUCAAGGCUGUUCUUAUUUAUUUUGAAAUAUCCAUUUCUUUUACUCUCUCUGCAAUUGCAUUUGACUUCAAUCUCAUUCUUUGGGAUAACUAUC